CUCACGGACUUUGUUGCAACCCUUUCUGAACGCUUCGGUCAGCAUUACGGAGCGAUGAGUGAGGUGCAGAAGAAGCUGCAGGAUCUUUCCGACGACUACCAGAAGCUGCAAGGAGAGCUUUCCACCGCGGUGGAAGCACGCCAGAAGCUAGAAUCGCAGCAGCAGGAGAACACUACCGUGAAGAAGGAAUUCGACCUCCUCGCCGACGAUGCGAACAUCUACAAGCAGAUCGGCCCGGUGCUCCUGAAGCAGGAUAAGACGGAGGCUGUCAUGGCGGUAAACGCGCGAUUGGAGUACAUCGACAAGGAGAUCAAGCGGAUCGAGUCGCAGAUUAAGGACGUUCAGGACAAGAGUGAGAAGAUCAAGAUGGACAUCAUACAAAUGCAGACAGCGGCACAGCAGCAACAAGAAGCGGCAGCGGCCUGAGGGGAUCUGGAGUCGUGCUCACAAAAAAUGAUACCCUGUUGAAUUCGCUUUCCUACAUCUACAUACCGGUGUAUACCAUUGUUCCAUUUCA